AUGGAAUCUGCUAUAGCUAGAAUCAGCUUUACUGAAAAAGAGCAAAAAUAUUAUUCGGUAGAAUUCGACCGACUCACUGCAGAACAGAAAAAACCUCUUACUUCCCAAAUUAAUAAUGAAUUCGGUUUUGCCUAUUAUUGAUUAUAAUAUUUUUGCAAAUUUGUUUUUUUUAAAUUUCUCUAUAUAAAUAUCCCAAAAAAAUUAAACGUUUUAAGUUCAGUAUGCUAUUUAAAGCUCCUUAAAGAUACUCUAAGCCAUUUUAACCAUUAUUAAAGUCAAUAAACAAUUAUUAAAAAAUUAAAUCUCCAUAUUAAAACAAAAUUUUGUUCGUAUAAAAGAUUACCAAAAUUAAUUUUAAAAAAUAUAUACUAUUUUGUUUGCUAUUAAUUGAGGGAAUUAAUGAAAGAGAACUGAUGGGACAUGGAGCGGCGACUUUUUUUCGAAUGCUUAAAAUAGGGGACUCAGAUCUUGCCAAAAUUUGAGAACUUGUGAGUGAGGGCCAGCCUUUCCUGAAAUUUCCUAAUUUCAUGGCUGCUAUGAGGCUUUGCAGUUCCAGAAAACAAGGAAAGCCAAUUAUGGCAGAGAAUUUUAUGAGAGAGCAGAGUGUUCUUGCAAGACGGCAAAGAGAAAAGCCAAGCCCAAACCCAAAUCCUCCUGCCACCAAUAAAUCAUCGAGUUCUUCGCAGAAUGAAAGUUCCCAAGGCUCAAAAACACAAGAAGAAUCUCCACAAUUAAAUAAAGAAGAAGUGAAAAGCCAUUAACAUUAUUUAAGAUUGCAAGAAAAACUCUCGAUAGGUUGCAUGCGCCUUAUGCUUGCUUACCAAUCCUAUUUGGCAUCUUUUAUUGCUCCUCGAGGAAGAGGUCUUGCACUCUUUACUAAUGAGUUAGAGACCCGUGUCAUCAUUAAAUACGUCCAGAAAAUUCAAAAAUCGAACUUUCUGGUCACUUGUUGGCCAAAAUGGAAAUUUGUAGCCCAGGACGCAGCACUUCGAUUAGCAUGGAGCAAUCUCACUGGUGCUGUCGGGACUUCCUUUUCAAACUUUAAGCUCCAUCUUCCGACGAGGUAAAAACUUAACCAGGAUAUCAGCUGCGUUCUACCUAAUCAGACAUUGCGCUCCACCAAACCAAGUAAAGCCUGGCUGGAUGUACAUCAACAAACGCCAUCCUCCAUUCCACGUGGUCCCCUACUCACGCCGGCUGGUUGGUUUACCAUUUUAAUAUAUCUGAAGUGAAAAGCCAAGAAGUGAAAAUACCUCAAGAGCAGCUUCCCAAUCCAGUUCAGCCAGACAUAAAACCACCAGCUCCUGCAAUUGAAUCAAAUAUUGUCGAUGAAAGCAUUAAGCAAGAAGAAAAGCCAAAUUUAUCUGAAGAAAGCAAAGACCCUAUCCAAGUUGUAUCUUUAAAUUUCCAACAGGAAGCUCAGCCAACUAUUAGUGUAAACUCAAAUACACAAGAUAGCUCUAGAGAGUUAUCCCAAGAAGAAAUAGUUUCUGCAAAGCAGGAUAAAAUAGUUGAAAGUCAAGAAAAUAUAGAAAAUAUCAAAGAAGCUACUCAAUCAAUAGACUUAAGCCAAGACAAAUUAGAAGAUAUUAAAGAAAAUAUAAUUCCAAGACAAGAAGAAAGUCCUAUACAGUCUAUAAGUGAUCAAAAAGAAAUUGAAGAAGAAAGAAAAAAUGAAGAUCAAAGUGUGAGUCAAGAAAAUCUCCAGCCAGCUGCUAAAGAUAUACUUGAUCGUGACUUAAUCCAAAGCUUUCCAGAGCCAAUAAUAAGUGAGAAUAGAUUGGUUGAAGAGGAAAAAUCUUAUUCAAAACUAGAAGUUGAAGAAAUUAAAGAAAGUGAGGAAAAGCCAAAAAUUGAUGAGAGGCAGGCUGAAGUAGAAAUUAUGGAAUCUGCUGUUAAUUUAGAAGAGCCAAUAGCUUCAUAUAAAAUAGCCAAUCCAGCUCAAGUUGGCUUUAACGUAUAUUAAGAUUAAGAUUAAGUUUUGUGAGGGUCUUCGCGGUUUAUUUCAGCCACUCGCCGCCUUCUCCCACUUCAGCCUUUCGCCUAAGCAUGGGAUAGCACUUACGCCCUUUUUGUCGACGCCACCAAAAAAUGGUGACGUCAGCGCUCUCGAGGUGACGCACCCAGGUACUUCUUGGGGCAACCCCUAUCGGUCAGCCCGUCCGUCCGGAGGUGGGAGACGGUAGGUGUUCUGAAGCCUCCUCCUGUCCUCCAUUAAUACCUUCGUUGUCAGGAGUGUGGGGUUGCCUUUGCGACUCUGGUCUUCUUGUCAUAGGUCGAGUAAAAAACCCUGCCAUGGUGUCCUGGCCAGGGAGAAAAACCUACCCGGACACAAAUUCUCCAGGCCCCAUCCCUCUUAGACCCACAAAGCCCGAGGCAGUGGGAGAAGGACGGGUCAGAGUAGUCACCAUUUUAUUUGUGUGUCUUUAACGUAGAAGAAGAGAAGAUCGAGAAUGAUCCAAAUAAAAAAAGUGAGUUUGAAGAAGCAAUCGAUAAAAUUGAUAAAGAAAUCAAACAAAAUAAUGAUUCUCAAAUACAAAAUGGGCAAAACAAUUUUUUAGAAGAGAUAAAAGAAUGCAUGCCUAUUAGCGAUUCAAUCUCUAAAAUUGAAAUUCCAAUAGAGAAAAUUGAAAGCAAAGCCAACUUCGGACCAAUUGAAGAAAAGCCGAUAGUGGAAAUAAGUCUUGUAGAAAAAAAUGAAAUAGUUGCAUUGAAAAUUGACGAAAGGAAAAUAAUAGAUAUAUUUGAAGAAAAGAGCUUAGAGGAGCCACAAAAGGAAAUAAAGCCAGAAAUUUUAGAAAAAAAUAUAAAGAAACUUGAAAUCCAACCUUUUGAGGAAAUAGAUUUAGAAGACCCUAUAAAAGAUAAACCAAAAAUCAGAGCAGAAAAGGUAGAUAAUAUAAGCAACAAUUCAGAAGAAAAAUUAAAUGGGUACCAAAAUCAGAAGCAAAAUGACAGCUUAAGUUCUUUUAAGGAGGCUGAUAAAAAUCCUUCUGAAGAAAGCACUCCUUCCCAAGCGAUCCAAAUUUCGAAUUCAGACCUUUUUAACGAAGAAGUAUUCCCAAGGGUCCAAAUCGAUUCCAUUAAUCUAAAUGAAGAUGGAAAAUCUGAAAACCAAGAAAAAAAUUCUGAAGAAAGCUCUGAAAUUUUCCAGCCCAGAGUCUCCAAACCUCUCUCUGGUGAAAACUUGCUCAGCUAUUUAGAAGGUCAAGAUCAAGCUUUUGCCUCCUCACGCGAUAUCAUUCCUCCUCCCCCAAAACCAAGUGAAUCUAGUUUCCAGGAACCAUUUGACAACGAAAUAAUCGUUGAGACUCCAAUUCAUGUAUCCAGUGGAUGGUUUGGAAGCAGUUCCUAUUAUCUUUACCCAAUCAUGACCCGCUUCAAAGGCUGCGUGUACAAUGUAAAAAGAAGGUUCAGUGAUUUGGAUUGGAUGCACAACCUUUUGGUAGUAAAAUAUAAAGGCUUUAUCAUUCCUCCAAGGCCAGACAAAAAAUAUAUCAAUAACACUGAUGAUAAGUUUAUUGAGGAAAGGAGAAUCCAAAUGGAAAAAUACCUAAAUAUCAUUUUAAGGCACCCAAUUCUAUGCAGCUCUUCUCCAUUCAGAGUGUUCACACAGUCAUCAAAUGAAAAGUUUGAAACUGACAAAGCACAAGCUGAAGCAAGCCAGGAUACUAUGGAGUAUAGGAACUUUGAAGAUAUGUACGACAAGGUAAUGGCAAAAGUGCAGAAUAAGUUUCAAGUACUUUUCGCACAGAAAAUUUUGCCAUUUAGUAAAGAGAUUUCAAUUAUAGAAGACAAAAUUGAGAGAAUGGAUGCCCCAGUUCAAGCACUCUCUGAAGCGUUUUUGAUUUGGACUCAAAGACAGAAGGAAACUUCAAAAUCACUUGCAGGAAUCAGCAUGCCAGAAAACCCAGAGCUAGCUAGGCUUAUGCAGAGAUUUUCUCUUGUGCAUCAAGAAAACUUAUCUGAACUGCAUUCUUUGUCACUUGAAAUCCAUGAAGAACAGCUGAGGCUGGAGGGGCUGAAACUUGCAGUGAGCUCUUAUAAGUCAAUGAUUGAUGAGUACUCUCAACAAGAAACCUUAAUUUCAAGAAAACUAGCAAAACAUAGGGCUAGUGCAGACGAUGAUACAGCUUCAAGGUACCUGAGCGAAAUCCAACUGGCUCAAGACACACUUGAUAAGCUUAAUGAAACUUUGAGCGGAAUUGAGAAAAAUAUUAUUCAAGAAAACACAAGCUUUGAUGAGGAUAGAGGGAAACACAUACUUAAAACCAUCAUUAGCAUAUGCUCUCAGCAGAAUUCUUAUUAUGAAGAAGAAAAGAAGUUCUGGAGAGAGACUGCAAAUGCGCCGAAAGGUAUCAAUACAUAA